CCGAUCGAGUAGUGGCAGUCCGAAAAGACCAAGAUGGCGGACUGAGUUUGUGGAGUUGAACAUUUACGGUUUUAUAGCCAUGUAGAAUCGAAUAUAGCAUCAAAUACAUCAAUAUAUUGAUUUUUCCUUUAGAGCGAGGAAGUGUUAUCUGAAGUGAAGAUUGAAGACGUGAUAGAAGAUGGACGACUACUGCUAUGCUAAGAUGGCGACGUCCGCUAAAAGAGAACAUGAAAGAGAAUCACUAACGGAGAAAAAGACAAAAGAUGAAGACGUCCAGCAGCUGAUUGGUCAUCCAGAAGAACUUCCCCCUCAGUCGGAAGGGAAGAGCUCCACUUUGAAGCAGGAGACUCCACAAGAACCCUGCAUUAAAAAGGAAGAGGAGGAACUCUGCAUCACUCAGGAGGGAGAGUGUCGUCUAGGACGAGAGGAAGCUGAUCUCACCAAGUUGCCACUGACUGUUGUCUCUGUGAAGACUGAAGAUGAUGAAGAGAAACCACAACUAGACAACCUCUUAACUCCACUAUCAGAUAGUGAGGUUGAAAAACUUUUGAGCAGCAAAACAGACUGUGAAGGUGAUAUGAGGACUCACACUGACAACAAACACUCUGAAUGCUCUAUAAAGAAAACCGGUAAAAAAUGUUUAAGCUGCUCAGUUUGUGCUAAAAACUUUACUGAAAAGGGACAUUUGACCGAACACAAAAUGACACACACAGGAGAAAACGUCCAGCAGCUGAUUGGUCAUCCAGAAGAACUUCCCCCUCAGUUCGAGGGAAACUCCACUUUGAAGCAGGAGACUCCACAACCACCCUGCAUUAAAAAGGAAGAGGAGGAACUCUGCAUCACUCAGGAGGGAGAGUGUCUUCUAGGACGAGAGGAAGCUGAUUACACCAAGUUUCCACUGAGUAUUCUCUCUGUGAAGAUUGAAGAUGAUGAAGAGAAACCACAAGUAGACAACCUCUUAGCUCCACUCUCGGAUAGUGAGGCUGAAGAUGAGGCUGAAGAACCUUUGAGCAGCGAAACAGACUGUGAAGGUGAUAUGAGGACUCACACUGACAACAAACACUCUACAAAGAAGAGAGGAAAAAGACGUUAUAGCUGCUCAGUUUGUGGUAAAGGCUUUUCUCGAAAAAGCAUUUUGACCCGACACAUGAGAACACACACAGGUGAAAAACCAUUUAAGUGCUCAGUUUGUUGUAAAAGCUUUUCCCAAAAAGGACAUUUGAUUGAACACAUGAGAACACACACAGGAGAAAAAACAUUUAAUUGCUUAGAUUGUUGUAAAAGCUUUACUAGAAAGAGCCAUUUGACCCAACACAUGAGAUCGCACACAGGGGAAAAACCGUUUAAGUGUUCCGUGUGCGGCAAAAGUUUUUCGCAAAAGAUCCGUUUGACUGAACACACGAGAACGCACACAGGAGAAAAACCAUUUAAUUGUUCAGUUUGCGGUAAAAGCUUUCCUCGAAACAGCGACGUGACUCAACACAUGAGAACACACACAGGGGAAAAACCAUUUAAAUGCUCCGUUUGUGGUAAAAGCUUUCCUCACAAGACCAAUUUAAUUCAACACCUGAGAACACACACAGGAGAAAAAACAUGUAUUUGUUCAGUUUGUGGAAAAAGCUUUUCUCGAAAGAACAAUAUGGUUCAACACAUGACAACACACACGGGAUAAAGUAACUUGUACUUGUUCCUUUUGUUUUCAAAAGAGCUAUUCGACUCAACACACAAUAAAACUCACUUGAGAGAAUCUAUGUAAUCUAUAUUUUUUAUGCAAAGUUUGACCCAACACGUAAUGAAACACACAGGAGAAAUGCAUUUAGUUGAUCAGUCUGCGAUAAAAGAUUCCAUUUUAAUGCAGAUGCAGUAAGACACUUAAGAACACACAGGGGGAAUAACCAAUCAGAUAGUUAGUUUGUAGUAUUUUGCUCAUAGAUUGCAACAUCCACCCAAACCCAAGACCUCCAAAAUAGGUUUGCUGCUUCUUUCAAAAAUAUCUGAGGUCUUCAUACAAAUUUAAAUUAUCUGUAGCAUUAUCUUAUCUACUCAUGACCAAUUGUCUUGUGUGUGUCUGAAACUUUCCUGAAUAAUAAGAUGAUGCUUGUAGUGCUUGGUUACUCCUUCUUCAGACGAUCCUGAUGACUUCAGCCGGGGAAGAAUAGUAGUCUUCUUCAGUGAUGCUUUUACCGCCUCGAGAUUGCCUGACUCUGAACACCAACAACAUGAAUCGAUCUGCCUGGAACUACACCUUCCGGGUCGCCUGGUGUUCAUGUUUUGUGUCUAACAUGACCAACAUCAGAUGAUGACUCAGUGUAUGAUGUAAUAUCUGAGCAUAUUGACAUA